UGUUUCGUAAAUCGGCCUUGGAGGUAAGUAGCAAUUUAAGACAUCUAUAAUAAGGGAUUUUGAAGUGCAUAGUUUAAACAAGGAAAUAUUACUACGUUAGACUGUAAAUAUUUGGUUUUCAUAUGGUUGCUCAACCAUUGAAACCACAAGUAUCGCUUCCAAAAUUUAUCAGUUCAUUCCGAUUGUUUGAAUGUGAUUGAAGAAGCCGCUAUUGCUAUAAAACAUUAUCUCGGUAAACAUGACACAUGAGCAGCACAAUGUGUUGUGUAACUUGAAUUGGUCAAGGUUUUCUUCUUUGAAGAAACCAUUCGAAGCGAACAGACCGUUUUUUUUUUUUUCAGAAAUGGCGCCUAUUUGAGCAUCCUUAUUGUUUGUCAAACAAGGAUGUAUAGAAAGAUUUUGCUUAUUAGCGAUAUUACAAGAUUGUCAAGAGUUGACAUGUAACGUAACAUGAAAAUUUAUUGAACAAUAUCACUUACGUUUUACGGCGGUUCGAAUUUAUAGUGCCCUUUUUAAUUCUGUUGCAUGUUUGGUUGUCAUAGUAACAUAAAGUUAGUCAUUGUGUUGUAGAUACGAUAACUAACAACUUAAAGGUUGUCUUUAAGGAUAAAUGGUAUUGCCAACAUACCCGUCACAUACCUCAAGUGCCGUGAACAACGAGAAGCUAUCUUUGUUAGUGAAAUUACCUUACCUUAUUGCUUGAGAUCUUUGAAAGCUAUAGGGCAUCUUCACACCUGAUCAGGGUAGAAAGAAAUGGCCUCUUGUUUCCGAGAUCUGCCUUGGAAACUCUACGCCAGCCGUGUGAUUUCAGCAUGGGGCGAUCGCAUGUGGAUGUUCGCUGUCGGCUUGUUCAUGGUGGAACUGUCACCAGGAUCGCUUAAAUGGCCUGCCAUCUACGGAUUAACACAGUCGCUUGCCGUCGUUUUUGCGGGUUCAACCAUUGGGCGUUGGGUAGAUCUCAAUCCCCGAUGGAAAGCCGCCCAGAUAUCACUCGUAGUGCAAAAUCUUCUUGUGGUUGCCUCGUCCGUCUGUGUUGGGUUGACAUUCUAUUUCAGAGAAAUACUAGUAAAGGAAGCUAGUGGAUGGGGUCUUACGGCUGCCUGCAGCCUUAUUGUAAUUCUGGGAACUCUGGCAAAUUUGGCUUCGGUUGCAUCGUCCAUUGUCGUUUACAAAGAUUGGGUUGUUAUCAUCGCUGGGGGUGAUAGUCAAAAGCUGGCGAGUAUAAACUCUACGUGUCGUUCGAUUGAUUUGGCUACCAACAUGAUUGCACCCAUAGCCGUUGGACAAGUCAUGUAUUUCGUUUCACAUAUCGUGGCAGCCACAACUAUUGCUUCAUGGAAUGUGUUGUCUUUCUUCAUCGAGUGCUUUUUGCUAUGGAGAAUCUAUCUAGAGUUUCCGAAUUUGGCCAUUAAAGACAAGGCUGUUGUUAGUGAAAAACAACCAUUACAAGGAUCUAAUGAUAAAGAAUCAGAUCAACCAACAACUGACGUUUACCUCAAUAAGGGUUCCGACAGAGGCUUUUUCGCCAAGCGCUUUGGUGGAUUCCUGGCAAGUUGGCGAAUCUACUUCAGCCACGACGUGCGCAAUGCUGGAAUCGGUCUCGCGUGCCUGUACAUGACAGUGCUGGGAUUCGAUUCCAUCACAAUGGGCUAUUCUUAUUCGCAAGGUGUGCCAGAGAGCAUUCUCGGCAUUCUGCUAGCUGUGGGGGCUGCAAUGGGUCUUCUGGGCAGUAUAGCUUUCCCGUCUUUCGUGCGCUGCAUGGGUGUUGAACGAACUGGAUUGUACGGUUUCGCUUUGGAAAUAGCCUGUCUCUCCUUGUGCGUCGCUUCCGUUUGGGCACCUGGUACGCCUUUCGAUCCAUCUAUAGAAGCGAUAUCCACCAUCAGAGACCCCUUUACUUUUCAUAACACAAGCAGUAACUCAACAGGAAUUUAUCAAGAAGGUCCAGAGUCUUACACUUCUGUGAUCCUUUUGUUGUCUGGCAUCAUCUUAGCUAGAUUUGGGCUGUGGGUGGCUGACUUGAGCGUCAAUCAAGUUUUGCAACAGGUGGACGACCAGAUUCGAGGCACAAUCAAUGGUGUACAAAGCUCAAUAAAUAUGAUCUUUGACACUGCCAAGUUUCUGCUAGUCAUUGCCUGUCCUUGGCCUCAGACAUUCGGAAUUCUUGUCUGCAUCUCGUUUACUGCUAUAUGUGCAGGGUGGGCUUUUUUCGCUUCAUAUUCCUUGAAGGUGCGUGGACAUUUGCUACCCUUCCACAAGGUUAUCGAUACCAUUCCACCGGAACAAAUCCAUCAAAUCAAAUUGGAGGCAAAAGAUGAUAAGAACGACGAAGAUGAUGCCCCUCGAAAUAGUUUGUCGCUCUCCCAAACAUGAAAGUAGGCAAACUACACUUAUACACCUUAACGUAUUGUGUGCAAACUUCUAGUGUAAGUUUCAAUAACCAAACCCAGAUCAGUGAUUAGCUUUAACUAUAGAUCUAUUACCGUUGCCAAUGUUAUGCAUUUAUUUUUCAAUGUGAAAUAACCAAUAGAAUGUGAUGCUUCCUGUGGCACUAGUUGCACAGAGCUUCAAAUGAA